UUUCAGUUUAAAGUGUCACCGUCUUGUUUUAAUAAAAAAAUAACUUACUACCAAUUAAGCACUAUACCAUUAAAAAAAAGAACCAUUUCAGCAAUUAUAUUGAAAAAUAAUGCAAUAGUCAUAAAUGAAUUUCAGCGUGCAAGCUAUGGCUUUAAGUUUCAUUUUAUUUCUGGGGUACCACAGCAUUAAACCAUCGACUAGUACAGAUUCUAAAAUAUCAAAAAUAGAAGAUAGAAAAACCGAAUUUAGAUAUGAUGGAGAAAGAUCCGAUUAUAUCAUGACCAAAUCAUCGACAAGAAAGAAACUUGAAAUUGACAGUAGAAUCAUAGGCGGAAGAGAGGUAUCGGCACACACUUUUCCCUAUGUGGCAUCCCUUUAUAUAUACAAUUUUGACGACAAAGCUGUUUUUUGCGGUGGAAGUUUGAUUAGUUUACGUUUAGUACUUACAGCUGCUCAUUGUCCCGAUGGUGCCUAUUAUAUAGACGUGCUAUUGGGAGCGCAUAAUAUAAGAUCAAUAGAAUCUUCUAGAAUAAAUUAUCGUACAAAGAAAUGGUUCAUACACGAAGAUUGGACCAGAGACACCCUAAAACAUGAUAUUGCAAUAAUUAAAUUACCUGAGAGAGUCGAGCUAAAUGACUUUAUUAGUAUUGUCUCCUUCGCAAAGACAAUUGAAGAUUUUUCUGAAGAAAAUGGUCUAUGUCUUGGAUGGGGCAAAAUCAAUGACGGUAGUGCAUCGCCAGUUUUAAGAUCCGUCGAUUUACUGGUUAUAUCCAAUAAAAAGUGCACUAGAUAUAAAAUAUAUGAAAAUGUUGUUUCCGAUAGCCAGUUCUGUACUUCAGGUAAUGGAAUAGUAGGCUCCUGUAACGGCGACUCUGGAGGUCCAUUUAUAAUUAAUGGGACUUUAGUAGGUCUUGUCUCAUUUGGAAUAAACGAUUGCAACGCAGGAUAUCCAUCCAUUUACACAAAGGUAGCAUAUUAUAAGGAGUGGAUAGAAAGAAUACUAAGAACAAAUAAAAGUGUACGAUUAAUCAUAAAUACCGGUAUACUAUUUUCUUCUAUUUUUAUAGUUUUUUUGGAUAAGUGUACAUAUGUAAUAUGAAUUUGUUGUUUAAAUGUUAUAGAAUAAAAAACAGAGGUUUUAAGAA